CAUCAGUCUAUUUCAGUGCCUCAGUCUCUGACACAUCGGCUGUGUGUCAUUGUUGGUAAUGCCUCAGCAAACGUACUGCAGGUUUCCAUGGUAAAACUGAGGUUGCCUCGAAUACUAUUUCAGACACAACGAACAGCUUCUCACAACCCUAAAGAUGUGUGAUAUGAGCUGUCUCAUAUCACAUUAUGACUUGCCCCAGCAUUUGGCCAACAUAUGGCAUUUGGCAGCUGCAGCCCACUUUUACUCUGACAGUGAACACACAAGGCCUUGAGAUUUCUUUCAUACACCACACAACAUUUAAAGGAGAUGAGAUGUGUCAAAAACUAAACAGUGAGUAAACUUCACAAACAAACAAAGAUAUAUAGGGUCAGAAAGUGAAAAAAACUUGAGGUCAGACAAGUCCAAUGUUUUCAUGCAUAUACAACCUUUGCCAAGACACCCACCUGACCCCAUCCUGCCAAGCAAAGGCCAUAGAAGGUCAAGAAAAGGUCAAGGAUCAUCACACAGUGCUGCCAUGUCUGGAUUGGAUUUCUAUGAGCAGCCGGCGGCUGAAAUGUGAGGGGUCACAAUAGGAGGAUAAAAAGUGUCCCAGGCGGACCAGGAGGUUGUCGCGAACUUUAGUCGGAUCUUCUCCCCUCUCUUCUCCCAGCUCUCCUCCAACCCUCCAAGAGUCAAAAUGCCUCACUCAUUCCCCUUCCUCACUCCUGAUCAGAAGAAGGAGCUCAGUGACAUCGCUCUCAAGAUUGUCGCCAAGGGCAAGGGAAUCCUCGCCGCUGACGAGUCUACCGGCAGCGUUGCCAAGCGCUUCCAGAGCAUCAAUGCUGAGAACACUGAAGAGAACAGGAGACUGUACCGUCAGCUCCUCUUCACCGCUGACGACCGCGCCGGUCCUUGCAUUGGUGGCGUCAUCUUCUUCCACGAGACCCUGUACCAGAAGACCGAUGCCGGCAAGACCUUCCCCGAGCACGUCAAGUCCAGAGGCUGGGUUGUAGGCAUCAAGGUUGACAAAGGUGUUGUCCCCCUUGCUGGAACCAACGGAGAGACCACCACUCAGGGUCUGGAUGGCCUGUAUGAGCGUUGCGCCCAGUACAAGAAGGACGGUUGUGACUUCGCCAAGUGGCGUUGUGUGCUGAAGAUCACCUCCACCACCCCCUCCCGCCUGGCCAUCAUGGAGAAUUGCAAUGUCUUGGCUCGUUAUGCCAGUAUCUGCCAGAUGCACGGCAUUGUCCCCAUUGUUGAGCCCGAGAUCCUCCCCGACGGUGACCACGACCUGAAGCGCACCCAGUACGUGACUGAGAAGGUCCUGGCCGCAAUGUACAAGGCUCUGUCCGACCACCAUGUGUACCUGGAGGGUACCCUCCUGAAGCCCAACAUGGUCACUGCUGGACACUCCUGCUCACACAAGUAUACCCACCAGGAGAUCGCCAUGGCCACCGUCACGGCCCUGCGCCGCACCGUGCCCCCAGCAGUUCCUGGCGUCACCUUCCUGUCCGGUGGCCAGUCUGAGGAGGAGGCAUCCAUCAACCUGAACGUCAUGAACCAGUGUCCCCUGCACAGGCCAUGGGCAUUGACUUUUUCCUAUGGCCGUGCCCUCCAGGCAUCCGCCCUGAAGGCAUGGGGUGGCAAACCUGCGAACAGCAAGGCUGCCCAGGAGGAGUUCAUCAAGAGAGCUCUGGCCAACAGCCUGGCCUGCCAAGGCAAGUAUGUCGCGUCCGGAGACAGCACCGCCGCUGGAGAAUCACUGUUCGUGGCCAACCACGCUUAUUAGGCAUGGACACUUUACCAGUAUCCCUCUCCUAACCCUCACACCAUCUCCCUGUACCCACCCCCUCCCCCACAUGGGGAGUGCCAUGUCUUAUUCUGCACCUCCUAAGAAGCCGUCUCUACUCGACCCUCUGCAACAUUACUCGUUUGGUACCUCAGUACAGAGAACGAGAGAGAAACGGAAACCUUUCUUUGGGCUCUUGCUUCAGAGAGAAGAUUACAAAAAAAAUGUGUUCUGCCUCCAUUCCCUCUCCCUACCAUUUCACACCUUUUUUAAGGUGAAGAGAUUCCCAUCGUUGUGUUUUUACAAAACAUGUAAUAUUAUUCCUGGGUCUGUAACACCUAACUCAGUAUAAUGUUUGUAAUGGAGCCAUGGAAUAAAGUAUGUAUCCACAAUA